CCGAAUUUGAGAUUCCGUCCCUUCGUACCUGGUCUAGGUUGGUUGCACGGAAACAUCAUUUAAACAUUGACUUGAGAGGCAGGUUUCCGGCACCACGGUCAAAUUCAAUCGCCAUUUGCCUGUAUCACUUAGAUAUUGGGAACCAUUCCCAAGCACCCAGUCCACACAAUGGCAACUUUCAGUGCUGUUUCGAAGAGGCCAUUCAUAACAUUGCCGUUUCUAAUACCCUCCUGCGAGCCGGUGGCUCUGGAGUUGCGCCGAAAUCAGUCUUCAUACAGACGUACGAAACAACGUCUUCGCGUUAAGCCGGAUGCCUCUUUUGGCUUCUCUUCGGAUCAAUCUCAGGAUCACAUUAUCUUCAAUCCUCCUUCGAGCGCUCCGUCCGUCUUUCAUACACCGACAAAAUUUCUUCCCCCUGAUGAUGCUCGGAGAACCCUCCGCACCGACGUGUCAAUGAAAAGUGAUCAGAAUCCCGCAGAUCUUCCUCCUGUAUUCAAUUCGCCAACGGAGAAAAAGUAUCACCUGACUCCGUCUGAUAUAGAGGAAAUCCGCAAACUCAGACUCAGCGACCCUAUGACUUGGAGCAGGUGGAAGUUAGCCAAGCGAUUUGACUGUUCUCCGAUGUUCAUCGGUAUGGUCUGCGAAGCCAGUCCUCAGAAGAAGGAAAUUCAGAGACAGGUCUUGGAGGCUGUCCAGUCGAGAUGGGGUUUGAAAAGACGGAUGGCCAGAGAAGACCGUCAAUUGCGGAAAGAAUCCUGGGGCAAGGAUGAAUGAAUAUUGAAUAGUACAAAUUCUAUGCUGUACACAAAGACUUAGUUUAUUAUGUCCCUACUUUCUUUGAUCCCCUCACUGUGCCUUUUCCAUCAAUCAUGAUGUGUUUGUGCUAUAUUAUAAGCAUAGGUAGCAUGGUGCCGUAUCACAAUUUACCAU